AGCAAGAGAAACUCUUCAGUAUUGUUUGUCCCUGAACAGAGGCCUGUUCCACGCCAUGUGUCUGUUGGCGGAAACCGAACUCCAACUUUUGUGUCUGGAACAAGCUGAACGACACGCGCAGACAGCUCUCUCUCUGCGUCCAGACCACCGCAUCACAUGUGGGAUACUGGCUAAGACUCUGGCUCUUUCUGAUGAUCCAGGAAAUUGGAAAAAAGCAGUAAAUAUGGCCAAAGAGCUGUUGGCAGAAGGACAGUGUGAGUUAGCUGCGGAAGCAUUGUGUCAGGCAUAUCUACAGCUGCGACAAUGGACUGACCUAUUGACUGCCCUACCAUGCCUGAGUCAUGCUCCUGCUCUUGCUGCCUUACUGCACCUGGAGUGUGAUCAUCAAGGAGCAGGGAAGGAACUGCUUCCCACUCUUGCACAACAUACGCCUGACUGCCCAGAAGCAUGGUAUCGUAUUGGACAAUUGUACAACACAGAAUGCUCGUAUGAUCUCGCCUGCACUGCCUUUCUCAAGUGUGCAAAACUGGCACCUCAUUGGUACACUGCUUAUCUCCAACUGGGUCACAUCUACGCCAGAUCCAAUGCGACACUGGACAAAGCACAUAGCCCCACGCAGAUGGCACUGAGUGACACAUACCGAGCGUUAGGAGACGGGAAAAGUAACCUGUCACUAUUGGAGGAUAUAUCACAGAGGCCAGAGGGUCGCUGGGCCUGUGCCAGACUGGGUCUGCAGUACUGGGACCUGGGGGACACAUCAGCAGCUAUCAACUGUCUUCGAGCUGCCCUCAAAUCUGACCCUGACAACAGUCACAUGUGGGAAGCUUUGGCAGAUGCUUAUAUGGCCAGAGGAGCUAAUGGAUCUGCGUUUGAAAUCAUACCAGAAAGUCCUGCCUCCCCCCUGGCACUGAAGGGGUUGUGUGAGACUUGUUUAUACCUGGCUCGAGAACACCUCACCACCCCGGCUCAUGGGCCUUGGCACGUGACCGUCUACAGGAGGGCCUCAUUGCCAUCGCCAGAUAAUGCUGAGUGCUCGAGUCUCAGGCUUGUUAGAGACAUUGAAUGUUUUCAGACACUUACUGGUUGGGUAUCAGUUUACAUGUGGAUCGGUGGUCUGGAUCCCUACCUCGGUCGUUGGCACUAUCUCACAGUGCCUGAGGUCCUGAGGUCAAAGUCAGCUAGUGAGGCCACUCAGCAAGGUCUCCAGCUGCUACAGCUAGGCGCAACGUUGCUUGUGCCGGUGUCUCAAGCUGAUGUCAGGAGAGGGACAAGCUGCUGUGUGGCACGACCUUGCCCUCAACUACAGACAACAGGUGGAACUAUCCUGACACUAGGGACGGCAUAUGUCAACGUGCAUUGGCUGCUGCCAAGGAGAGUGUCACUCUGGAUCCAGGCAGUUGGCAACACUGGAACCAGCUCGGAAUUGUUGCUGCUUUACCAGGUCAAUUGCACCAUGGAGUAA